AAGGAAGGAGGUAGUUCUGGCAUCAGUCCCUGGCCACAACACCUACAUGGCCAUCAAAAUGAUCACCAAAAAAGGGGACAAUGAAGAUGCGAUAAUGAGAGAGAGGCGGAUACUCCUUGCGGCCAGAGACUGCCCAUUCCUAAUCCACCUCUAUGCCGCACAGCAGUCUCAGGAGCGCACGUAUUUUAUUACGGAGUAUCUGUCCGGGGGCAGCCUGGAUGAUUUGAUCAGCAUGUGCGGCUGCUUGGACAUCAGCAAUAUCAGAUUUUACACAGCAGAGAUUGUAUGUGGCCUCCAGUUCCUCAGUGGACGCAACAUCAUCCACCGAGAUCUAAAGCCGGAUAACAUCAUGUUGGAUGCAGACGGCCACAUCCGUAUCAUCGACCUCGGGCUGGCCCAAGAUGGUGUCACCACCUCCGAUAAGAUCUAUGGAGUGGCGGGAACCAUCCAUUACAUGGCCCCUGAGAUGCUUCUCAAAACAGGAUAUGGCGCAGCAGUUGACUGGUGGAGCCUGGGCAUUGUGGUGUGCAGGAUGGCAGGAUGCCCCCCAUUUUACAACGGCCCUGUCAGAAAAAUGGCCCAGGACGCCAUCAUCAGUGAGAAGCCAUAUAUUCCAUCUUGGUUUGAUGCUGACUUGAAAGAUCUUGUCAAAAAACUGCUGUGCCAGAAUCCUGAGAAGCGUUUGGGUGUGUGCGGGAACAUCAGAGAGCAUCCAUUCUUUUCCACCAUCGGCUGGGAGGAACUGGAGGACAGGAGAGCACAGCCACCAUUUACACCAUGUGAGUCAGUUCUGGAGAAGCAACAUCUGCAGUGGCCGGAGGAUAAGAGAGCCCUUCACCCCGUGGCCGAAUUUAACUAUAUGUCACCAAGCUGGGCCCGGUAA